UUGGGUGAUAAGGAAAUGGCUGAGGCAUUGAACGACUAUUUUGUGUUGGUCUUCACGGUGGAGGACACGUCUAAUAUGCCAAAGAAAGAUGUUAUGGACGAAAUGGGAGGUGAGGACCUCGAUAAAAUCACUGUCACUACAGAGAUAGUGAUGAGCAAACUAGAGGGUUUGAAGGUAGAUAAGUCCCCUGGUCCUGAUGGGAUGUAUCCUAGGGUGCCGAAGGAAUUGGCAGAGGUUAUAGUAGACACAUUGGUAAUCAUUUAUCAAAAUUCUCUGGACUCUGGGCAGGUCCCAGCAGAACGGAAGACUGCAAAUUUUUAUACCUCAAUCACUAGAGCGCGAUUUGCUGACCUCUUCCGUGGCACUCUUGACCCUGUAGAGAAAUCCUUGCGAGAUGCCAAGCUUGACAAGGCUCAAAUCCAUGAUAUUGUGCUGGUUGGUGGAUCCACCCGCAUUCCCAAAAUCCAGAAGUUGUUGCAAGAUUUCUUCAAUGGCAAGGAAUUGAACAAGAGCAUCAAUCCUGACGAGGCUGUUGCAUAUGGUGCAGCUGUCCAGGCGGCUAUCUUGGCUGGUGACAAGUCUGAGGCUGUGCAAGAUCUGCUGCUGUUGGAUGUUACUCCUCUGUCCCUGGGCAUCGAGACAGCUGGCGGUGUCAUGACAACAUUAAUUAAGCGUAACACCACCAUUCCAACAAAACAAACACAAACCUUUACUACCUAUUCUGAUAACCAGCCUGGUGUGCUGAUCCAGGUGUUUGAGGGUGAGAGAGCAAUGACGAAAGAUAACAACUUGCUGGGCAAGUUUGAGCUGACUAGAAUUCCACCUGCUCCCAGGGGUGUGCCUCAAAUUGAGGUGACUUUUGAUAUUGAUGCCAAGGGUAUCUUGAAUGUGUCUGCAGUGGACAAGAGCACCGGAAAAGAAAACAAGAUCACCAUCACAAAUGACAAAGGACAGGUCAUUUGAAAUACUAACACCUCG